AUGUAUCCACUUGAUAACCUCAACAUGAGUAUUGAUCGAGUUUACCAACGUAUUUUGGAGGAACUAAGAGCAGACAGAAGAAUAAAUGAUAUUUCCAGUGAUCUGCUAACUCUCACAGACAAUGUCCAACGAGUAUUCUAUGUGUAUGAUAUCUUAACAAAAUACAAGGUCAUUCCACUUAUACUCAAAGAAGACAAAUGUGAAUUUUCGUCUGGCUAUUACCGUAACCUUGGCAACGGUAUGUAUCAACGAGCCGACCUAUUCUCAGCAUGGCAAUACUAUAACUUGGCAUUAAUGUAUGCACCUCUAACAUCUACAACAUACAGUUUAGCCAUAGCUAACCGAUCAGCAGUACUUGCUGCUAUGAAGGAAUAUGAGGCUUGCAUAGAAGAUAUUAACAUGGUCUUCACUCUCAGAUACCCUCCUACAAUUAGGGAUAAACUAUUGAAAAGAAUGAAACAGUGCGAAGAAGGUAUAAAGGAAAGGGAACCACCCGAAGUAUGUGAGGAGGACGAAGCUCUUGCAGAAGAGGUAUUGACAUUAAAAGCUCAGGAUAAGCAUGAGAAAUAUUUAGAUGCUAGCAAGAAACUAAAAGUGGUGUAUACUUCAGACAUGGGUAGACAUGUAGUUGCAGCGGAGGAUAUAGAUGUUGGUGAAGUUAUUGUUCAAGAGGAUCCAUAUGUGAGGGUGUUGUUGAAGUCACAGUGUACUAUCUGCUGUGCUCAUUGUUUCUCCAGGAAAUUUAAUCUAUACCCGUGUCCAUAUUGCUGUGUGACCCUGUACUGCAGCAGAGCAUGUGUCACCGAGGCCUGGGACCAGUAUCAUUCCUAUGAAUGUGCACUAAUUGCAAGCCUGCUCAAGGGAAAAUUCACUAAAUUAGAAUUGCUUGCUUUGAGGAUCACCAUAAGAGCUAGAACUGAGCAUGAGACCUGGAAUCAAGUGUUCACUUCCAUUGCAGCUGCAAGCGCAAAGACUAAACGUGAAAAUAAGGGAUGUAAGCGUGUAGGAGACAAAUGGGUAUACUCCUCAAAAUAUUAUUCAGCAAUUCACACACUCUCUACAAAUAUUGAGAAAAGAGAUGUAUCUGAUAUUUUCCAAAAGGCUGUCAGUGCUGCAAUACUUAUGCACUAUUUAGCUGUGGCUAAUUUUGUGAAAACUGAUGAUCUAGUUUUAAGAGAAAGAAUUAAGUGCUUCACUGCUGAUUCUUUGAUGCGGCACCUCAUGACUGCUCCAACAAAUAUGCAUGGCAUUACUACUAAUGUUGAAAAUGAAGAUGGCAACUAUGUAGAUGAAUAUAACAUAGGAUGUGGAGCAUAUGCAUUCCUGAGUCUGCUGAAUCAUUCAUGUGCACCAAAUGUGGUGAGGUACACUAAGCUGGGGACUGCACAAACAAGUUUAAUUGCAAUUCGUCCUAUUUUAAAAGGAAUGCAAGUUUUCGAUAAUUACGGGUACUUCGAGGUGGUGCGCGAUAAGGCGAAGGUGGCGUCCAAGCUGAUCAGCAAGUGCGAGGCGAGCGAAGGGGGCGUCAGCGCCGCGCUGGCGGCUUGCGGACGCUCCAAUAUAAAAGCGCAUCAUGCAGUACAUACCAAGGAGGAACGGCAAGCCAUUCUCAAGUCUCAGUACAAGUUCACCUGCAUCUGCGAGGCUUGCACCGAAGACUGGCCACUGUACCAGGGCUUGGAUGUCCUGAAAGAUCUACCCGAUGGCAUCAUAAGUAAGAGAGAUGAGUUUUUAAAUGGUAAUGUAAUUGAGGCUCUGCAGAAAGCUGAGAAGGAUCGAGCGCUGAAAUUGUAUCAGCCGCUGUGUGAGUUAGCUACGGCUUUAGAGCCUUAUAUGCCGUGCAAGGAGGCGGCUGAAUGUCAGGAGGCACUCAAGCAAUGUCUGGCCAUCUUGACAGGAGUUGUUCAUCAUGGGUUAAGCAACUUCAUUCAGUGGGAGUUGCCCUGCCCCAGAACUUCUCCAUCGGCUACCUCUCGCUUCUACACCGGUCAAGGCGCACAAUACCUUGCCUAAUUUUUUUUGUUUACCUCGUUAUAAUUUUGAUAAAACGUUAUGGCUUAGCGUUAGUUGGUUUCUAAGCUAUGCGAUUUGAGUAUUUCUUUAGGGUUUUUGAAGUUUUAUUUACUGUUUCGGUGAGAUUUGUAUUUGAUACUACAUUUUUGUGGCUGCUUUUGCUUCUUGUUUUUUUUUUUCAAUUUGCACAAAUAAGUAUUACAAAAAAAUACUUUAUGUAUGUACCUAUUUUCGUAUCUACAUAAUAGUUACUAUACCUACCUAUAUUCUACUAUUUCUAUUAGUAGGUAAACCUAUAUUUGACUUAGACACAUGUUUCUAGUCCACAUUAGUAUUUUAGAAUAAGUUAAGAAUGUACGUUUUGAGUACUUUUGAGUAUAUUUAUUUGAACCAUGAAAGAAAUUGAUGAAACUAUUUAACAAGGUUCUUGACUGGUAAAAAAGAUAUCUAUGUAUAACAAAAAAUACAUCUGGAUGAAAAUUAUUUUAAAAUCUCCAGUUAAAAGUUAUUUAGCAUUAUUUACAUUAAUUUAAAUUUAUAUAGUGUUAAUUAUUGUUAUGUGCUGACUGCAUUCGCGAUCUCAACUGCCAAAGCUGCUGCAAAUGUUAAAUUAACUUAAAAAGAAAAAAUAGUAACAUUUUGAAUUCAGUUUUUUUUAUAAUUUUUCGUUAUACAUAACUGACAGAUGGGAAUGAAUUUAAAUUUCAUUAAGAAUAGAGUACAAUAAAAACCUAUCAUAAAGUUGGUAGUUCCAAAACUACAAAGAGACUUUUUUAUGUAAUGGUAUGGAAGAUUUUGCAACAAUAAAUCAGUAAAAUAAAUGACAUAGACCAUCCUACACGGCGGCCAUUUUGGAAAAUCGAUUGCAACGCCAUCUGUUGUCAGUUGAGUUCACGAAUGAAAUUGGAUCUUAUAAAGAUGAAGUACAGUCCACCAAUUUAGUUAGAAGUUAUAUUCGUUUAUGUUUUCAAUUAGAUUUUAUGCAAAUUAUAAUUAUUUCUAAGUAGAGUACCUAUUUUGAGCUAAGUUUAUCGACAUGACUAUCUUAUAGUGGUAGUUUGUAGCCUGUUUUAGGUUAAGAUAAGUAGCUGUUCGAUUUUUUGACAUUACUUACCGUAGAUAACCUUCUCGAAGAAUAAUAAUAUGUAGUAUUUGAAUCUGUUCGAUAAAAAGUAAUAGUCUGAGUAGGUACAUAUCUGAUCAAUAUAUACUCUUUCGUACAUACUCUUUCGAAUGAUAUAAUCACAGAUGUCGUUUGACUUUCGCAUCAGAUAUAAAAUACUUUAUUCUACUUACCACAACGACGUAAAAAUAGUUUGUGAAUGAUUAUUGUCAUUUAAUUAUCUCUAGUAGUAUAGCAUUUUCUAAGAAUGUACUAACGUUUGGAUGUCUUAUUAUUGGCAUCUGAAAAAUUGACUUUAAGCUUUUGGCACUAAAGUCUCUUUUAAAGUGAAAUUAUUGGUAUUAUGUAUUCAGUCGUAAGAACUUUGUAUAGUUGUUUUCUCACUAAAGCGAGUGAGGCUUACUUGUGUGUGUGUCAAUGUACAUGCACAUUGUCUUUGUAUGAGCGCUCAGGGGCCCGAUUCUCCUAAGUUAAUAAUUUCAAAAUUGAAUAGAAAUCGAAUCGCAAUAUGAUCGCAAUAGCAGUUUUAACCAUAUCGGGCAUUCUGCUUCUAAUAUAAGACCAAUCGUAUUCCAACGACAUUCGAUUGGUUUGCUAUUGGUCUGCUAUUUUGGUGAUUUUAGUCUAUACGGUAGUUUGCUCUACAAUCAUAUUGCAAUCGUAAAUUAUUUGCAGACAAAAUGAUUCAUGAUAUUGAACGACAGAAAGGGAUAAAAACGUUUAUUUCACAGAAAAAAUAGCGGAAUGCCACAUACGCUUCAAUCGUAAUCGAGUCGUAUUGGAUCGCAGUCGAAUGUGAAUCGUAUGUUGCUUAAGUAAAAUUAGGAGAAUCGGGCCACAGUAGUGGCCGAGCCGCUAAGACAAUGUGCAUGUUCAAUUACACACACUAGUAAGACAUCUAAGUAGAUGUGUGUGUUAAUAGUGUUUAUAAUACUAACAAACUUUAUGUCAUAUGUUUGGAAUGAAGGUUUGUUCUCUAAAAAGGGUAUUUCGUGUGAUAUGAUAUGGUCUGACAGUUAGGUAGAAAUUUAAAAAAUAAUUGGCUUAUAGGUAGACCCACACCCUAAUUAUGUAAUAUCAACAAAAGUAUACAUUUACAAUAUGAAUUUCAAUAUUCGCACAAACACAUUGUAAUAUGUAAUUAGGGUGUUGAUGUAAAUUUUUGAAAAUUGAAACAAUUUAGAAUGAGGCUAUUCAAGGGCAGAGGUACUUAGGCAGUUUCUGACUGAAAAUAACUUACCUUUCAUUGUUUAACAUGUUCUGAAUUGAAAAAGCGAAUAUUUGCUGUAUUUUUGGCACCUUAGGGUGCGUUUUGUUAGACCAAACGAACAUAUAAGGUGGAAUAGAGCAUUAUAUCUUACCAUUUUUCUCCUAUUAAAUUUAUUUUUUAUAAAUUCCUAUGUUUUCCUUGAAAAGAAAUCACUUUUGUGUUGUAUUUCCUAAAUAAAGAUGAUCUGCAAACCGUGCUCUACUUAGCCAGAAGCAAAGCCUAAAUGGUGCCUAAAUUUUGUAACGAAGUAAGAGACAUCGUAGAUGAUAUUGGUGCUUAUUGUAGAAGGAAUAAGAGUGAGUGUUGCUUAGCAGGCGCUCUUGCCAUAGCUACGUAUGGUGGUAUUGAAAGACGGACAGAAUGGAAGCAUUGUGAUCGUGGACUGGUAUUAUUUUAUGUUAAAUAUCAGGAAUUAAAGUAAAUUAACCACAUAGUAUUUCAAUGUUUUAAUAUUGUAUGACAUACACAGCAGAAUUAUUGAUAGUAGUCAUGGAGAACAAAAUGACUAGCAGAGGUGUCAUAAUGUAAAAUUUUCUAAAAAGUAGCGCCCCAAAACGCGGAUGCUCGUGGCAUGGAGAAUGUUACAAGCUCCGCCAUUACACGCCUUCCAUGUAUGGGUUCCAUCCCUUUGUUUCCUUUUGUUUUCAAAAUAAAAUCACCAAUCAAUCACGAACAAUAUUUGACAAUUGGUUAUGAUCUGACAAGGAACCCGAACGUCUCGGUAGUUCUAGUACCUAACAGAUCACGCCUACCUUACAUUCAAAUCAAAUCAAAUCAAAUCAAAUCUCUUUAUUCUCAGGCUGCAUAGGCCCAUAAAUAUAUACCUUAAAGACUAACAUACAUAAUAUAUUAUACACACAUUGUUAGUAUAUAAAAAACUUAAAUCUAUGUUAGUAACACUUCACUACGCACUAUGUCACUCCGUGCGGUUCUGUGGCACUUGUCCGCGGAAGCGACGGAACACCACGCCCUGUGGCCAGAAGUUCUCGUCCAACACGAGGUGCAGGAAACACGUCGGCACUCGCACCACAAACGCCUUGAAGUUGGCGUUAUGGCGCGACUCCAGCAGCUGCACUCUCGCACAAGAAGGCGCUUGACCUACCUUCCUUGUGGCAUCUCCGCUGUUUCCUUCCUCCGUGGUAGAAGUAAACAUGUUUAUCUUUAUAACUGAUGUCUACGAUAUAACAUAGUCUUUUGAAAUCUGUAUGUAUGUCUGUUUAUGAUAUUGUCGUAUUUAGAUUAGGAAUAAGGACAUUUGGAGCAGCCAGUAUUUUAAGCUGUUCCUAUAGAAUAUAAUUGUCUAUUGUUAGAGUUAUUUGACUACUUCUUCUUAACUUGUAUUCCUGAGCGUAUCUCUGUGAAUUUCAUUCCCUGUUUUUUAUUUUUUACAAGCAGUGGAAAGUUUAAGAACUAAAUAUUCGGAUUUAAUGGUAAUGAAGAAAUAACCAAAUAACUAAUAAUUACUACGAAUUAUAUGUCGCUCAUUCAUAUAAAGUAAUUAGUAUUUUGACUUUAUGUCUAUGUGUUACACAAAAGUUCUUGAUAUAUUUGAGUAUUUUUAUUAAGGUUUUCCCACACUGAAGUUAUAGACAGAUGAGAUUUUAAAACUACUUGAAUACUCGAGAAAUAAUCUAAACUAAGUUUUCCAAGAUCUAAGCUUUUAUCGUUUUUACGGUCGAUUUAAGUAUACGUCAUUUUGUCUAUUUAUGAUAAGGAUAGUCUGGUAGCGGCACAAUCAAAAUUUCCUACGCUACCGCCACUCUAUAAGAGUAAAUUCUAUUUAAUUUCAGUGUGAGAGUAGCUUUAUUAUCAAAAUCUUCUACAAGUAUUUUCUAUAACCCCAUUGGUCUAAUACUGAUCUAUUUGUAUUACUGGUUAUAUUAUAGGGAACGAAUCCCCUUUAUUUUCUAUGUAACUUACUUCACUGAAUAAAUGUGUGGAAAAUAA